GUGGCUGUUUUGAUGAGUCACCAGUCAUAUGACAAAGCUCGUGACCUGUGUUUAUUUUCCAACAAAGCCUCAUUUUUAACACAAGCGUCAAGAAUAUACAGUCGAUUUCGAUUUUGCCUGAUCACAAGAGGUUUGUAUAUUAAAAAUAAGCUAUUGCUUGCCGUUAUAAAUUAUUACGUUUGCUGGGAGGCUUUGUUUACGCAAAUCGAUCACUUUACGGUCGUUGACUUGCAAAAAAAAAAAGAAAGGUUUAACCUAUAUUUUAACCAUGAAAACAUAUUUAAAAUUAAAAUGCUAUAUCUAGAUAAUUGAAUUCAUUAUUUUAUCGAAAACAAUGUACAUUUUGCACCUUUCAUAAACAAAGAACAUUUUGUUUACAAACUAAAAGUUGUUUAUUUAUAGAUCAACAUGAAGAUAACACUUAUCGCACUCGCCAUUGUUAUUGGUAUCGCCUACGGACGCCCUAAUGAAGAUGGUUCCUUGAGAUUUACGUCAUUUUUGGGCGAUUUUGAGCAAUUAUGGAAGGAUUUCAAAACUAAGCACAGCAAAACGUAUGACUCUCAAACAGAAGAGUUGAAGAGAAGGAACAUUUUCAAAACGAACCUUAAGAGAGUUAGAAUGCACAACUAUUUACAUGAAAAUGGUGCUAAAUCAUUCUCUUUAGGAGUUAACGAAUACUCAGAUUUAGAACACACCGAAUUCGUUAAGGUAAUGAACGGCUACAGAAUGCGUAAUUCUACAAUCAACAGAGACAGAGCAACUUAUAUGUCUCCAAACGUUAAAUUUGAAAUGCCGAACUCUGUUGAUUGGCGUUCUAGAGGCUAUGUUACUCCUGUUAAAAAUCAGGGACAAUGCGGAUCUUGUUGGUCUUUCUCUGCGACUGGAUCGUUGGAAGGACAACAUUACCGUAAGAAGGGUGUUUUAACUUCUCUAUCUGAACAAAAUCUAGUUGACUGCUCAAAAUAUUGGGGAAAUCAUGGUUGUGAAGGUGGUCUCAUGGACGAUGCUUUCCAAUACAUCAAGGACAAUGACGGAAUUGAUACGGAAGCAAGUUAUCCUUACCAAGCUGUCGAUGGAACUUGCCACUUUAAAAGCUCAAAAAUCGGUGCCACCGAUAUUGGUUUCACUGAUAUUCCCUCCGGUGAUGAAGAUGCAUUAAAAGAGGCCGUGGCUUCAGUUGGUCCGAUCUCAGUUGCAAUUGAUGCUAGCCACGAGACCUUCCAAUUAUACAAAGGCGGAGUCUAUGACGAAAUGAAUUGUAGUAGCACCAGACUUGACCACGGUGUUCUCGUUGUCGGUUAUGGAACUGAAGAUGGUGCAGAUUAUUGGCUCGUAAAGAAUAGUUGGGGAACAACUUGGGGUGAAGAAGGCUACAUUAAAAUGUCAAGAAAUAAGAAUAACCAAUGCGGUAUCGCUACAACAGCCAGCUACCCUAUUGUAUAA